AUGGCUUCAGCAAUGUUAAAGUUGCUCAAAUCAGAAUCACAAAUACUCUUUAGAAGAAAUUACAGCAGUGCAGCACCUACUACUAAACUAUAUAUUGAUGGCCAAUUUGUAGAUUCAAAGACAAGCCAGUGGAUCGAACUAACUAAUCCGGCCACAAAUGAAGUUAUUGGAAGAGUCCCAGAAACAACUCAAGAUGAAUUAAACGUAGCUCUCGAAUCAGCGAAGAAAGCAUACAAAUCAUGGAGUCAAAGUACUAUUAUGACACGUCAACAACUCAUGUUCAAAUUCGGACGUCUGCUUCGGGAAAAUCACAGCAAAUUGGCCGCAAAAAUCACUGAAGAACAGGGUAAAACUAUCGCCGAUGCUGAGGGCGAUGUCCUUAGAGGAAUACAGCUGGUGGAACACUGCUGUAGCAUCACAACACUGCAGCUGGGAGACUGUAUCCAGAAUAUAUCCAAGGAUAUGGAUACGCACAGUUACAAGGUUCCACUUGGUGUUGUUGGUGGUGUCGCUGCAUUCAACUUUCCCGUUAUGAUUCCUCUUUGGAUGUUCCCGCCUGCACUUGUAACAGGCAACACUUGCAUCUUGAAGCCAUCAGAACAGGACCCAGGAGCGACUCUCAUGAUGAUGGAACUAUUACAGGAGGCUGGAGCGCCACCUGGUCUGGUUAAUGUUGUCCACGGAACCCACAAUACUGUUAACUUUAUCUGUGACAACCCAGACAUCAAAGCGGUGUCCUUUGUCGGUGGCGAUGCUGCGGGAAAACACAUCUACACUAGAGCUUCGGCUGCCGGUAAACGCGUGCAAAGCAACAUGGGUGCGAAGAACCACGGAGUGAUCAUGCCCGAUGCAAACAAGGAGCACACGCUGAACCAGUUGGCCGGAGCAGCUUUCGGCGCUGCGGGGCAGAGAUGCAUGGCCCUGAGCACCGCUGUGUUUGUUGGUGAAGCAAAGGAAUGGAUCCCGGACCUUGUGGAACGCGCCAAAGCCCUCAAAGUUAACGCUGGACAUGUUCCCGGUACAGAUGUUGGUCCCGUUAUUUCUGUUAGAGCUAAGGAGAGGAUACAUAACCUCGUGGAUUCUGGUGUAAAAGAAGGUGCCAAACUAGUUCUUGAUGGUCGCGGCAUCAAAGUAUCCGGCUUCGAAAAGGGCAACUUCGUCGGUCCUACCAUUCUGACAGAUGUCAAAACCAACAUGGAAUGUUACAAGGAGGAAAUCUUCGGCCCAGUAUUAGUGUGCCUCUUCGUGGAUACCUUGGACGAAGCAAUCCAAUUGGUAAAUUCUAACCCCUACGGCAACGGAACAGCGGUGUUCACUACAAACGGAGCUACAGCGAGGAAAUUUGCCGCUGAAAUCGAUGUAGGCCAAGUUGGUGUGAAUGUCCCCAUUCCGGUACCAUUGUCAAUGUUCUCAUUUACUGGCACCAGGGGCAGCUUCUUGGGCACAAACCAUUUCUGCGGUAAGCAGGGUAUCGAUUUUUACACGGAGUUGAAGACGGUGGUGUCUUAUUGGAGACAGAGUGACGUCUCUCACACAAAGGCCGCUGUGUCUAUGCCCACUCAACAGUAA